ACGUAAUUGAGCUAGGAUUAUAUUUUUUAGAAUUAAAAAUGCUCAGUGUGUAUUAACAUCUUCCUUUAAUUAUAUGUAAUAAAUUAGGAGUAAUUUACACACAAAGAACGAUUUUAAUAUGUUCGAAUCGGACGAUUUUGAUCAGGUUUUGUCUCAAUUGGAUAUUCCGGAUAUACCUACCAAGACAAGCAUAAACAACUUUUCUAACCUUAAUGUUAAUAUUUUACAAAAUAAUUCCACCGAAAUAAUUAGCCAAGGCAAUGCAGUACUAGAAUCAAAUUAUAAUAAUAAUAAAACGAUAAAUAACAAAGGAACUGAAUCUGAAGUUAACCUUAUACAAAAUAAUAAUAAUUUACUAUCACCUAAGCACUGCAAAAGAAAAAUUAUCAAUUCCCAUUUUGACUCUAACUGCAAAAGAAAGUUCCCAGGCCCUGCAGGCUUAUUGUCGGGAACUUUUAAAGAAUAUAAAGAUGAGAAUAUUGAUCAUAUUGAGUUACUUUCUCAGGAUAUAGAUUUUUCACAAAAUCCAUUACAUAGAGAGCUAUUUGAAUCAUCACUUUGGAAGAGAUUGUUAAAAGAUGUUAAUGAAUGGAAAUUAAAUUCUGUUGAGACAAUAAAAACAAUUCAACAGUUUGCACUCAAUGGAAACCUGAAAAGAAGAAAAGCACAAACAAUUACUGCAUUUGUUGAGUGUGUGGACAGAUCUGCUAUGGAUCCUUUAGUUACAUUGAGAGAUUUAACUGGAAAUAUAAAAUGUACACUACACAGAGAUGCUUGGUCAUAUUUUUCACCAUACAUUGUACCAGGGCACUCGGCUCUUGUGUUAUCUAAGCCUACAAUAUUAACAACCGGGGGUGCAUUCAAAAAGCAUUACUUGAAUAUAACAAUGAGCAAUAUAUUGGCUAUAUACAGCUCUGUACAUGACAAAGAUGAACAGAUGCCUGAUGGUUAUCAAAAGAUCUGUAAUGAAGACUGUACUAUCAUUAAAAUGGAAAAACAAAUCUCAGAUGAAACCCAAGUAUAUAGUAAUGAUUACAAUGACUUGGACAGUAUAUUUUCAGAUGAAACAUUUUAAUAAAUG